AUGGUGAUGCUUCGUUUAGCUGCUGAGCAGUAUCGGACGCUUCCAAUCCUAGUUGAUGAGACGACCUGCGUCGGCAAAACCUAUGUGAUUACAGGUGGCAACUCCGGCCUUGGUCUCGAGACAGCGCGACAUCUGGUCGCGGCAUCAGCCGAAUGCGUUGUGCUUGCUGUGCGGAAUAUGGAAGCGGGAGAAGCUGCCAAAAACGACAUUGAGAAGACGACUCGCCGCAAGGGAGUGGUUCAGAUACGACACAUAGAUAUGUCAGCCUACUCGUCGGUUCAGAGCUUUGUAAAGAAGUUGGCAAAGGAUUUUGAUAGGAUUGAUGGCUUUAUCUGCAAUGCGGGGAUCAUGAUCGAUGUGUGGUCGCAGGUCGAAGGCAUAGAGACGAGUAUAUUUGUCAAUGUCAUCAACACUUUAUUUCUCGGCAUUCUCCUGAUGCCCAAGCUCAAAGAGUGUGCCAGGAAAUUCAACAUCAAGCCCACGCUCGUCUUCAUCGUCAGUGUUCUUGGAUACACUGUCAAGAGCGAGAUGGAUAAGAGCCGCAAAGGCCUUAUCUUUGACGGGUUUAACGACCAAAGGCGGGCCAACAUGGACUCGAGCCAAAGAUAUGCUCUGAGUAAGCUCAUCGAAGAGUGUGCCGUACGCCGCUUUGCAGCCCUCUGUCCUGUCGAGCGCACUGGCGUUGUCAUCACUAUGGUCGCUCCGGGUAUCUGCACCACUGGCCUAGGCCGCGAUGCUCGCACCUUCACCAAAGUCAUGCACGAAGCACUUCGGGUCAUAAUGGCCCGAACCGCAGAGAUUGGUAGUCGCACCUUCCUACAUGGUCUGGUGGUGGGCGAGGAGGGCCAUGGGAAGUUGCUAUCCGGUUGCAAGAUCAAGGAGUUUUGGGUGCCGACGUGGCUCACAAAUGAUGAGGGCCAGAAGAUACAGAACAGCAUCUGGGGCGAGAUCGCUUCAAAGCUAGAGUCUGUGCAGCCGGGCUGUGUCUCACAGCUCAAGUAG